AUGAACACAAAUGGAGGGUAUUUUUUAGAAGAGGACGUACGACAGUUCGACAAUGGCUUCUUCGGCAUCAAUAACCUUGAGGCAGCUUCGAUGGAUCCACAACAGCGAAAGCUCCUCGAAGUAGUCUACGAGUGUAUCGAGAAUGCCGGUGUGUCACAGGAGACUAUCUCCGGGACCAAUGUAGGGGUCUACGUUGGAAAUUUCACCGUGGACCAUAUCAUGACGCAACAACGAGACUUGGAUGGAAUCCAUCGUUAUUCAGCUGUAGGUUGUGGUACGACCCUUCUAGCAAACCGAAUAAGUCAUGUUUUUGACUUGAAAGGACCGAGUUUUACCUUGGACACAGCGUGUUCUUCAUCUAUGUACUGCCUUCACAUGGCUAUCAACGGCAUUAAAAAUGGUGACUGUGACAGCGCUAUUGUCGCAAGUGCUAACCUCAUCACUUCGCCCGAGCAGACACUUGCCACGUCGAAGGCUGGUGUUAUCUCGCCUACCUCGACUUGUCAUACCUUCGAUGCAAGUGCCGAUGGCUAUGGACGAGCGGAGGGAGUUAAUGCAUUGUACAUCAAGCAGAUGUCUUCUGCUCUGAAGGCGCAAGACAACAUUAUUGCCAUUAUCAAAGGUACCGCUGUGAAUGCCAAUGGAAGGACGCCAGGUCUUACGCAGCCAAGUUCGGAUUUGCAAGAGGUUGUCAUUCGAAAGGCAUAUUCUCGUGCCGAACUUGAUAUGUGUGACACUGACUACUUCGAAUGCCACGGUACAGGUACACCAGUCGGCGAUCCCAUCGAAGUGAACGCUAUCGGCCGUUGUUUUGCUGGAAGACAAGGAUCGCCUCUCCUUAUUGGAUCGGUGAAAACAAACUUGGGACAUAGUGAAGCAGCUAGUGGUCUAACCUCAGUCAUCAAAGUCGCUAUGUCAUUGAGUCGCGGGAAGAUAUUGCCAACACAUGGGUUGAAGACAUUAAACCCGGAGCUCAAGCUUAAAGAAUUAAAUUUCAAAGUUGCAACUGAAGUCCAUGAGUGGCCAAGAUCUCUCCGCAGAGCUAGUGUCAAUUCUUUCGGGUACGGCGGUGCAAAUGCACAUGCAAUUAUUGAGGCUGUAGACGCUAGUAUCUAUGACAGCACGGGGCAAUAUGUGAAUGACAAUAAUCUACAUGAUCCGUUGUUUUUAAUGCCUAUCUCAGCAGCCUCGUCUGUUUCGUUGAACGCACGUAUACAUCAUGUCUCAAAAUUCAUUAAAACACGUGAGGCAGAUCUGAUACCAAGCUUGGCAUAUACCUUAGCGGAACGCAGAACUCACUUCAACAAUCGCCAAUAUCUAAUAGCCGACCGCUCCAAGGAUAAGAUUUCAGCACAAGAAUCCGCUCAACGUAUUGUUGAGUCGGCAAUCGAAGAUGGCCUACAUGAUGGCAAUCAGCCACCUUUCGGCUUCGUUUUCUCAGGGCAAGGCUCUCAAUAUACGAAUAUGGCGAAAGGACUGCUUGAAUAUAAUGUAACUUUCAGAGCCUCGAUAAGACAUCUGGAUCAGGUCAUUCACUCGUUACCAAAGGGACAGGCUCCAGGUUGGACAUUGGAGCAAUUGAUUAUGGAUCCUCCAGAUCGCAGUCGAGUGGAUGAAGUUGAAUGUAGCCAACCACUUUGCACUGCUAUUCAGAUUGCCCUUGUAGACAUGCUUGAGAGUUGGAACGUACGACCUUCCAGCGUUAUUGGUCACUCUUCGGGAGAAAUUGCCGCAGCGUAUGCAGCUGGAUUCAUCGAUGCCACGGAAGCCAUCUUGAUAGCUUACUUCAGAGGCUAUGCUGUGUCACAAUUGACCACUUCGGGAGCCAUGAUGGCUGCUUCUAUAAGUGUCAUAUCUGCCACCGAGUUGAUCCGUGAAACAGGCUUAUCGGGAGAAGUAUGUGUAGCAUGUGUCAACGCACCUGAAAGUGUGACCUUGAGCGGGACAAAAUCUGGUAUUGAACUUUUGACUACAAAGAUCAAGCAGCAGAAUAAGUUGGCACGAUUACUACGUACCAGUGGAUGUGCGUACCAUUCUUUUAUGAUGAAAGAGGUUGGGGAGGUCUAUGAGCGUUUUAUAGAAUCAGUUUUCAAAACCCAUCCCAUGCAAACAUGUUCCUUACGGAAGAUGUAUUCCAGUGUUGGGUACGACGAUGAAAGUUUGGAUAUCUUGAGUCAUCGUCAAUCUGUCGCAAACGCCAAGUAUUGGCGAAGCAAUCUUGAGAAGCCAGUCCAGUUCCAUUCAGCAUUAACCACCAUGGUUACAGACACAACACUGCACCUACUUGAGGUGGGACCGCAUUCUGUACUCAAAGGUCCUAUUCAGCAAACUCGAGCGCAACUUGGUCUGAAGUAUCAAAAUCUUCUCUACACCCACACGCUAGAGAGAAAUGCCGAUGCUAACCUUCGCAUCAAAUGUCUAGCUGGUAGCCUUUUCAUACGUGGAUACCCACUGAAUUGGAGUAAUAUCAACCAAAUUCCCAUCCAGUAUCAGCGCCCCAUCCAAGAUCUGACGCCUUAUCAGUGGGAUUAUUCUGCUGGACUAGUUUGGGAAGAGUCGCGACUAAAUCGAGAGUCACGCAAUAGGAAUUAUCCGCGCCACGAACUCCUUGGGUCGAUUCAGCCUGGGGGACAUCCAAAUGAAUGGAGAUGGCAGAAUACACUCCACAUAAAUGAAGUCCUUUGGCUUAGUCAUCACAAAGUCGAAGCUCAGAUCGUCUUUCCAGCAGCGGCAUACUUCGUUAUGAUUGUGGAAGCGAUGACACAGAUUGCAUCAACGGCGCAGGAUGAUAAGUCAGAGGGCUUCGAAUUUCGAAACGUCAGCAUCAACACUGCACUUGUCGUGGCCGAGACAAAUGCUACCAUCGAACUAACUGAAUUGCAAACUACUGUCGUUCCACGCAGAAUAUCAACAGCAAGUGUCUCUGGCGACUGGUACGAUUUUUCCAUCGCUUCCUGGAAAGCUGAUAAGACAGACACGCAUUGUAUCGGCAGCAUACGUAGGAUCGGUUUAGAUCGUGCAAGAUACACCGUCGAGAUUCCUGGGGUCCACCACUCGACGCAACAAGAUGUUUCAAACUACUAUGACAAGUAUUGGACCACUGGCCUUUGCUUUGGGCCACACUUCCGAUCAGUAAGCAAUAUACAUGCUAGCAAAGUAACAGAUUCAGCAGAAGCAGUUGGCACCGUUCGUCUAUUACCUCCUGUAGCCAACCAUGUCUCGCAAAAGUACCAGAUUCAUCCUAUCACACUCGAUGCAUGCUUUCAAUUAGCAAUCAUGAGCACAGCAGCAGGUAACCCAGAGAACCUGAAAGCGUAUUUGCCAGUAUUCUUCCCCGAGUGCCAGAUAUUCCCUGUGAAGUUCGAAGACUACCAAUCGGAGGGUGUGAUUCAUGCGAUGUCUACUAAAAGCGGAGCUUCCACGCAAAGAAUAGACUCUACACUCUUUAACCCCAAAAAGCUGCCUAUAGUGCAAGUAAAGAAUGCAAAGAUUGCCCUUUUUCAUGGUAGCGGCGCUAAGAAAUCACGAGAGCUAUUUGCAUCUCCAAAACGCUACCCGUGUUUGCGAGUGCAAUGGAAACCGGAUAUUCAGCGUCUCUCCACCAAUACACAAAAGCAAUUCAACGAUUAUGUGGCUCAAUAUGUCAGGGAGAAGUCCCUCGAGCUUGUCAGUAGUAAUCAAUUUGACACAAUAAGUGCAGUACUGGAUAUGAUCGGACACAAGAAUCCACGAAUGCAUGUUUUGGUGCUAGGAGAGUUUACCAAAUUCGAAAAGCAUUGGAAAGGGCUCUUAGGCGACGGCACGGCAUUUCCUCGUUUUAGAGUCUGGGAUAUAUAUUCCUGGGAUGAUGACGAGAAGUAUUCCAUUGACAAUGCCGAUGUUCAUGCGGGGUUUUACGAUGUCAUCAUCUUGCCAAUGAUAAAGGGACAAUUAGUACUGAAUCUGGAGUGUCUUCUCCGCGAAUAUGGUACUAUUAUCACAUCUAAGGAUAUGAUGGGACCAGAUCCCUUAUGUCAAACUAGUCUCAGGGUGACCGAAGUAGGAGAGAUUACACUUCUAAGCAAGCCGCCAAUAACCAGAGAGCUCAGAGGCAGAUAUGCGAUCAUUCUGUUGCAUGAGCCCUCGCCUGAGCUAGUAGAUUUUGCUAAUCGACUAUCCAAACAUCUCUUGCAGCAUAUUUACCUAGAUGAUGCUCGGAUAACACUCUUCGAGGAGAUUGGUCCCAAUAUCGAUCCAGAAACUAUAUGCAUCUCACUAGUUGAGCUAGAGAGAAGUUACCUAGUUAAUAUGACGCAAGAAGAUCUAAAUCGACUGCAUCUGAUCACGGAAACAAUGCGAACCCACUUUUGGAUCACCGGAGCCGGUAACCUAGAUGGCCGUGAUCCGAAUCUCUCACUGUGCAGUGGGCUCUCUCGGUCCCUCAUGCUAGAGCAGCCUUCGAUGCGCAUCGCUGUCAUAGAUAUCGGUCCCCUUAAUUGCGCUGAUAACCUGUCGACGCUACAGGCAAUCGCAAAUAUAAUCGGUCUAGCUGACUUGAUGGAUGACCAGGAGUUCCUGCUUCGAGAAGGUCUUCUCUAUGUGAGUCGCUUUGUGCCCGAGCCUGGACUGAACUCGGUAUUUCAGUCGCGAAUUAGGGAUGGACAUUCCACUUUCAAUUCGACACUACAAAUGAGUAAGCCAGUGCAGUUAGUAGUUGGUGAGCCUGGAGUAGCAGACUCCAUUCAUUUCAAAGAAGUGCGGGAACAACGUAAGGAAACCCCUGACGGUUUUGUAGACGUCGAACUCAAAGCAGUGAGCCUCAACGCAAAGGAUGUGUAUGUACUCCGAGGGCGUAUGGAAACACAAAGGGGAACAACAGCAAUGGAGUUCAGUGGUAUUGUCACAUCUAUAGGACCAAAUGUCGAUCAUCUGAAGAUUGGAGAUCGGGUAGUAGCCAUUGCACCCAUCCACUUUUCAACCACAGAGCGCAUACCAGCAUGGGCAGCUCAAAAGAUACAGGAAGGGGAGCAAUAUGAAACGAUGGUAGGGCUUCCUAUAGUCUAUUGUACAGCGUUAUAUGCCCUCUAUGAUCGUGCGAGUUUGCGACUUGGGGAGUCUAUACUAAUUCACUCCGGUGCUGGCGCGUUGGGAAUUGCGGCUAUAACUAUUGCUCUGCGUAUUGGAGCAACUGUCUAUACAACCGUCAGCUCACAGGCGAAGAGAGAUUUCCUGAUGAAGAAAUUUCCCAUUCCGGCUUCUCACAUAUUCGAUUCCCGCAGCGUGAGUUUCGCGGUUGGCAUCAGAGAGAUAACAGAUGGUAAGGGUGUUAAUGUUGUCCUCAACUCACUGACCGGCGAUUUGAUGCAUGCCAGCUGGAGGUGUAUAGCAGACUUCGGUCGCUUUGUAGAAGUUGGCAAAAAAGAAUUGUUGGAUGCUGGGCGGUUGGACAUGGAUGGUUUCCUCCGAAACGCUACAUUUACCGCAUUUGACCUCAGCGAAUUGUACUAUCAUCACGAGCAAUUUUACCGAGAUAAAUUAGCUAAAAAAUUCACCGAGGUUCUCGAUCUCUUCCGCGAUGGCUCGAUUGAAGCACUACCAACUACGGUUUUUGGUGUAACAGAUAUAGCCCAAGCAAUCAACUUCUUUUCGGCAAAAGAUAGAAUAGGAAAAAUUGUGAUCUCGAUGGAGGAUGAAAGUAGCACCAUUUCGGUUGCGCCUGCGGAAUACUCUACGGUAUUCGACCAAGAAAAUAUUUACUUACUCGUGGGCUGCCUUGGGGGUCUUGGUAGAAGUCUAACCAAAUGGAUGUUAUCUCGCGGCGCUCGCCAUUUUGUGUUUCUCGGACGAUCCGGCAGCGACAAACCCGAAGCAACAAAGCUCAUUCAGACAAUCCGUGCAAACGGCGCGAGCGCCAUAGUACUGAAAGGUGACGUCUCGAAGGCGUCUGACGUGAUCAAAUUCGUCGAAGCCGGUCGCUCUUCAGGUAAACGGAUUGGAGGCCUUGUGCAGGCCUCCAUGGGUCUCAAAGAGUCCAUUUUUUCAAAAAUGACAGGUGAGGCAUGGCAAGAGGCUGUUUUACCAAAGGUUAAGGGAACAUGGAACUUGCAGUCAGCCAUCGAGGACCUUGAUCUGGAUUUCUUCCUCAUUUUCUCCUCGGUAUCGGGUAGCAUAGGCACAGCGACCGAAAGCAAUUACUGUGCCGCGAACGCCUUCCUCGACAGCUUUACGCGAAGAUGCCGCGCUAAUGGUAAACCAGCUACUUCCAUCGGACUAGGAAACAUCGCCGAGGUAGGGUAUCUUCACGAGAACCCAGAAAUUGAAGCGUUGCUGAAUCGUCGCGGUAUACAACCUCUCACCCAGAAGGAAUUCCUCCACAUUGUGGAUUUUGCACUUGGCGGUGCUGCGACUACACUAAUUCACUCACAAAACGAUCCUCACAUGUCGUCGCUGAUUCUGACGGGUCUGGAGUCGGCCCGCGUUCAAGAGCUAAUGGAGCAAGGCUUUGAGGUCACCCACAAUGUAAUUGAUGAUCCCCGCGCUUCCGUCUUGUCAAUUGGCUUUGAAUUGCACAAGCUAUCACAAGGUAGCCGCAACCUUGACCGUGAAGCAAUAGAAAGCACAGAAUCAAGUGUCGAGUGGCUGAACCAUGUGCCAGCCGACAUAAAAAUGGCUUUCAAGUCUGUUACUGAAGCGCCGUCGCUUCCAUCAGCCAUUCUUCAAUUGAUCCAGAAACGAUUUUCCAAUUUGAUGUUGCUUCCUGUCGAACGUGUUGACACGGAUAGGACCUUGGCCAUGUACGGUGUAGACAGCAUGAUUGCAUCAGAGUUUCGAUCUUGGUUCUGGGUUACAUUCAGGAUAGAUGUUCCUUUCUUUGACCUUCUGGGUUCUGGGAAGUCUUUGAAAGCACUGGCCGAUUUCGUCGCAGCCGAGAUGACUGCAUUGUAG